UUUAUUAUUGCUCAAUAGCCAAUGAUCAUGCCCUAGGAUAUAAAUAUUAAAUAAUAAAUAUAAUAUAAAUAAAUAUAAAGCCGCGUCCAGACCAAAGAAAUAUUUGUCGAAAACACAUGUUUUCGACAAUGUUUCCGAUUUCCGCUCAUAAGUGGUAACAUAAGUAUUUGUCGACGUCUCGACGACUAUCUAAUAUCUAUGUCAGAAUUUCGGAAAUAAAUGUUGCUAACAACUGACAAGUUUUUUUUAGUGUGGACGCUGCUUAAAUCUGUGUCACAUGUUCAAACUGUCGUGUGGGUUCGACGACUGCCGAACUUAUGCGAUCUAUAUCGUUCAUUUUAUGCACUUUGUCGGGUUUUAUACACUAACACCUGUCACUUAUCAGUUAUUAUGUUUUACUUCUACUAUAAAACUAUUACAGUAUAGACAGUAUGAGUAUUGUACUAAUACUGCUAAUUUGGUAUUGAUGUAGUUCGAUAACUCCGACUCGUGUACUGUGUAGAAUAUUGUAGAUGGCAAAUGCACUGACUACUAAGCACACGUGUGUUUUCUCGAACUUCGACGACCGACAAGUGGCAACCAUAGUUAAUUUACCGAGAAUAUAAAAAUAUUAACUUUUUAAGUGACUUGAUAUUUCUUAUCAAUUUCAUGAAUGAUGAAUAAUAACAGUAUGGCCAAUAUAGACAGAUUUUCAUUAAUAACAUCAUACAUUCCUGUUGACUUGGCGUUUGAUUUCAUCUCUAAAACUGACAUACAACAGUGUUUAGAAUACCUUACAGCAUGGUACUGUAAAAUGGGCUGUAUCCAAUUAUUUGACAAUGAGAAAAUUUUAAGUCUUGAUACAAUACUAAAUAAAGAUUUACUUCAAAAAGUAAUAGCAAAAUUGCCAACAGUGGAUUGUGAUGAUUAUAAACUUCAAAAUGACAUGGAAAAUCAAUUUAAUCAAAAGCUUAGUAUGUUGUAUAAUUUCAAUAUUAAAAAGUUUUUAAUUGAUUUUAAAUUACAAAACAAUUCUGCUAAUUUGGCUCGAAUGGUUUGUAAAUAUUCAAAUAAACCUAUUAUGUUUUAUUUUAAUUUACCAACAUUAGAAAAUGCUUGGGACUCUUGGAAUACUUUUAGGAACAUGACUGGUUAUAGUUUACAAAUUGGCAUAGUUUUAUACCUUACCAAAUACGUACCAACUCGUGAUGAGAUAAGUCGAUGGGUUGGUGAACCCAUAUCUGCUUUAUCUAUAAGUACAAAUCUUUUCAAUUUAAACAAAAAAGGAUAUCCAGUACUUAAUGAAGAACAUGAAGUUAUUUUGAAAAUAGCAAUACAACAAAAAUGGACAAUAAUUUUAUCAGGCGAACCACUACCAAAUAUGAGGGAUUAUUUUUAUUAUAUAAUAUUUGUUUCUAAGAAUAUUAAUAUCCCAUCUCCAAUAUUAGAGUGUGAUGAUCUUCUACAACUACCUUUACAACCACUCAGAGAUAAUCUUAUGUCUUGUGUGUAUCAUGUAUUUGAACAAGAUCCAGUUAAAUAUACGCAAUACCAAAAAGCUAUACAUUUAGCAAUCAUAGACAAAAAGGUAAAAAAUAUUGUUAUAGCUGUUAUUGGUGCUGGUCGAGGUCCUCUAGUUAAAGCCAGUCUGAGAGCUGCAGAUAUAGCAGCCGUAAAUGUUAAAAUAUAUGCAGUUGAAAAAAAUGAAAAUGCCAUACCGACACUUCUUAUGUAUCAAAAAAACAUUUGGGGUAAAUCUGUUGAUGUAGUUUUUAGUGAUGGACGAGAAUGGGAUCCACCUGAAAAGUGUGAUAUAAUGGUGUCUGAACUCCUGGGAUCAUUUGGUGAUAAUGAAUUGUCACCAGAAUGCCUAGAUGGAGCUCAGAAGUGUUUGAAAGACGAUGGUAUUAGUAUACCUUGUGAAUAUUCAUCCUAUUUAAGGCCUCUAAUGUCACAUAAACUUUUUAGUCAGACCAUAAGAAAUAAAGCCAUCGAUGAGUCAUGCUUAUCAAAUUCGAAAGAUGCUGCAUUUGAACAGUCGUACAUUGUUUUACAGCCCAAUAGCUACAAGCCGACCAAAACCAAAAAAUUAUUUACAUUUCAUCACCCCAAAAAAACAUUAGAAAGCAAUGCUCGGUAUAAAUGCCUUGAUUUUGAAAUAACUUCUAACAUGCAAUUGCAUGGUUUUAGUGGCUAUUUUGAUGCAGUAUUGUAUAAAAAUAUUACAAUAAGUAUAGAACCAUUAACUGAGAGUAUUGGCAUGUUCAGUUGGUUCCCUGUUUAUUUUCCAAUCAAGGAUACAAUGCUUGUUAAAUCGGGUAAUGUUAUAUCUGUUCAUUUUUGGCGGUGUUGUGACGAAUAUAAAGUAUGGUAUGAAUGGUGUGUAUCUUCUCCAAACCAAACACCUAUCUAUAAUUGCCAAGGAAAAUCAAAUUCUAUAAGACUGUAAUUUAUUAAAUAUUUAAUUUUUAUAAUUUUUGUAUAUCAUUGACUGAUGUUAUCUUUUAAAUUUUAAUAGUCGUUUGUUGCUAUAUACCUAUGUUGAACAUGUGUUAAUUAAGUUCAAACAUAAAUACAUGAUUACCUAAUAUAGUUAUUCAAUAAAUAUUUUAAACUAAUUAUUAAAA